AUGAAGUUCGCCAUCUUCACCACUCUUACUGCUCUCCUCGGCAGCGCUGCUGCUGCCAACCAGGCCAUUGUCAUCAACGACUGCUCUACCGACAUCUAUGUCCAGUCUUACCCCUACAACGGCGGUGCUCCCGGCCCCUUGACCACUGUCAAGCCCGGAAAGCGAUUCUCUGAGAACCUUCGCUCUACUGGCUCUACUGUCAAGAUUGCCAAGACCCGAACCCUGACCAACCCCCUCUUCUUCGGUUACUCCUCUACCUCCAAGCCCGACUAUGUCUACUAUGAGUUCAGCACUGAGUGGGGAAACCCCUUCGCUAAGGAGCGCAACAUCCUCAGCCCCGGUGCUGGCUGUGAGAAGUUUGACUGUGCUCCCAAUGCUGCCAGCUGCUACAGCACUCCCAGCAUGAAGAAGGUCUACGGCUGCCCCAGCCCUGUUAAUGUCUACGCCCGCGUCUGCGCCAAGUAA